AUGGACAUCCACCGCCGUGUUGCCCAAUUCGCGUCGAUCGAGAUCGACACACCCGUCCUCAUGGCCUCGUUCCUCACCGUCGCCACCGACUACGUCGCCCACCUCAAGACUCUCAAGGAAGGAUCCGACAUGGAUCGAGAACACGCCACCGCCAACGCCUUUCUCGACGCAGUCGAAGCGCCCCACGUGUGGCCUGUCGUUCAGUACAUGGUCAAGGAGUUCCGCCACCCAAUAACAAGAUAUCCCGAGCCCGAGACGCUGUUCCAGCACGUGGUAAAUCAGCUGCAGGAGACCAAGCCCCCGUUACUAGUUCUGCCCACGCCAGACGACUACGAUCGCUGGGAGCGGGAAUUGUUUUGGCGGAAAGUCACGGCGAGCUUCGACUAUCUCACGUUCGCGUGGGAACAUCUGGGCCCUACCGGUCACCACGCGCGCCCACAGGCGGACGCGCGCCCCGAAGAGGUCAAGGAAGUGUCGCGGCAGUUCCGCGAGAUGGCGGAAGGGGCGAUGGAGGAUGUCGACCCUGACGAAAUCGUGGAAGGUGUCCUUGUCCAAGAGUCGGACAGCGAGCCCGAAGACGAGCCUGGAGCCGACGAGCUUGACUCCGAGGACGGGUAG